AUGGCGGGUAUUGAUGAUCGGUCCCGUAUUUCGGUUUCUCCAUUCGGAGGCCCAACUGAGCUCAAUUGCGCCGAGUCUCGAGCAAUGAACAGAGAGGUAAUCAUGGCGGAUGUCGAUGAUCGAUCUCGACUCUCGGUCUCUCCUUUCGGAGACGCAGCCGCCUUCAAUGCCGAGCCUCGACCAAUGACCGCCAGCCUGACCAUGGUCGAUAACGACACUGAUAUGGUGGAUUCGUCGCAAUCUCUUUCUACCAGUAAUGCAAUCCACCUAAACGAGAGCUCGGAAGUCUCAAACAACUCCACCGGUCGUCCAGAAACCUUUAUCGAUCUCACCAAGAGUUCAAGGACCGUCAUCGAUCUCACUAGCGACGACGAGACUGAACGGGCUAUUGACGAGUUGACCUCUGAUAUAGCACACGUCACAGCUUCCUUCACCCACGACGCGAGUAACUUCUAUGGCUUUGGCAGUGCAUACCUCAAUAUCCUCCAGCCGAUCAAUGGCAGCUCAACUCCUGAACCGAAAAAACCCCAAUAUCUUGUUAGCGGCAUUGCUUACAGAGCCGGAAUGUCUCUGGAGCUUGAUGAUGGAUCGUUUAUGCGCGUCACUGACGUGGUGCCCGAAUCCCAUAAUUUGCGUUUCUUUGGCCGGCGCCUUUACCGCACGACUCAUCCCGAAGCCAAGACAUAUCUGCCCAAAGUCCACAAUGAACUGGUCUGGCUCACUCAGGAUACCGACAAUGUCAGCAUCAAGAAAGUCAAACGGGUUGUGCAAAUUAUCUUCACCAAUUUUCGAACCGAUUUUAUCAACAUUCCACCUGAACAAAGGGGAAAAUUGAUUUGCCGACUAAAACUGACUAUUCGCCAGAAUGGUGUCAUCAUUAUCCCAGGACAGGUGCCCUUGACUGCUGAGCAAUGUGCCGUUGAAUGGCUCACUUUCGAUGAGUCGGAUUUGGGAUAUGCUUUGCCUUCUAAGCAGCUGCGGGAUCAGUGGAGAGGCCGAACUGUAUACUUCGGCGAUGCUGCCAUGUCCUCUAAAGAUGAGGAUGCGAGGGCUGAGAACCGUGAACGACAGGGUGUGAUUGAUCUCACUGAGCCCAAGCGUGCAUACACUUUUGGUGAUGCGUACUGUGGUGGUGGUGGUAUGUCCUGCGGUGCCAAACAGGCUGGACUGAAGAUUAAAUGGGCUGUUGAUAUGGAUAAGCAUGCUCUGGAAACAUAUCAGCUGAAUUUCAAUAACGUGGAGGUCGAACAUUCCGACUUUUUCAGCUUUCUGACCAACGAUGCCAACUUCUUGCGGGUGGACAUUGCUCAUUGCUCCCCUCCUUGCCAAACUUGGUCUCCUGCUCAUACUGUGCCCUGUCCUCGGGAUGACGCCAAUUCCGCUUGCGUGUUCUCUGCUGGAAGCUUGAUUCGGGAAUCUCGUCCCCGUAUUCUGACAUUAGAGGAGACUAUGGGUUUGCCACAGCGAUUCCCCAUAAUUUUCAACCGAGUGGUGCUAGACAUGGUGGAAUUCGGAUACUCUGUUCGCUGGGCGGUGCUGGGCUGUGAUGAUUAUGGCGUGCCUCAAGAGCGGAAGAGAUUGGUUUUAAUUGCUGCGGGACCCGGUGAGUUUUUGCCAAACUUCCCUCAACCUACGCAUGGGUUGCCUGGUCACGGUUUGCUCCCUCGUGAGACCAUUUCCUCGACCAUCGAUAAUAUUCCUCCGGAUGCUGACGAUCACGAUGUCGACCGAGCCCUCGAGCGAUGGGCUUUGAGCCAUCGCACGCCCUUCGAUCGGUUUGGUCUUGCUCGGACCAUCACUUGUGGCGGUGGUGAGUUCAACUACCACCCUUCAGGCACACGGCCCUACACUAGUCGGGAGAUGGCUCUGUUGCAGACAUUCCCCCUGGACUACCAGUUCGCUGGCAAGUUCAUGCGCAAGCAAAUUGGGAAUGCCGUGCCCCCACUCUUCGCCAAGGCCAUCUUUGUCGCGAUCAUCGCGGCUCUGACUGAGACCGACGAGGAGGAGUCAACUGGGUUCUUCACCUAA